UUCAUCACCUUGAUUGUUUCGCAGUAUAAUAUGGCAUUAAAAAUUCUUUUAAGCAUUAAACUGUGGUUUUAGUCAGUGCCAUGAUAAGGCUGCCGGUUUUGUUUAUCGCAAGUUUAUCGUAUUCCCUUCUUACACCGAACCAGAAUACCAGAAACGAUGUUAACAGACCUAACGUCUUCUGACUAGGUUAGGUACUUGUAUUAUUGUGAUGUGAGUAGAUUUCCAUCAAAAUGGCUUUGUUGCAUAGUUUACAAAUUUCUGGCAUUAGAAAUUUCAGCCCGGACAGUCACCAAACAGUGUAUUUCAACACCCCUGUGGUUCUUUUCCAAGGACCUAAUGGUUCUGGCAAAACUACAAUUUUGGAAUCUAUCCAGUAUGCGCUAACUGAAAAAUUGCCAGCUGGUACCAAUAAUGGACAAGGUUUUCUUAAUGAUCCAAAAAUGUCAAACAGAAAUUUAACUAAAGGAACUAUUGAGAUCAAGUUUUUAGAUGCAGAAGGGAACCUACUAACAGUUAAAAAAGUUAUGCAGGUCCAAAUGGAUAAUGAAGGUACACUCAGUUUUCACAAGCUUGGUACUUCCAUUGAUACCGGCAUAUCAGAUGUCCAGUAUACAAGUGCUGAUGCUAACAGUUUCUGCUGCAGUUCAUCAAUGUCUCCAAAUCAAUAAUUAAUAACGUCCUCUUCUGCCACCAAGAAAACUCAUUGUGGCCUUUGGAUGGACGUAAAGAGCUUAAAGAAAAGUUUGAUGAAAUUUUUGAUGCUGUCAGAUAUAAUAAAUGUAUUAAUCACAUUCGCGAGAAAAUAAAAAAUCAACAAGGAACUAUAACAAUGUGCGAAAAGGAACUAGAAGGACGGCAGGAAAAGAAAGAAGCGGUGGACCAGAAACGUGCCAAACUCGAGGAUAAAGUGGUUAAAUUAAAUCAAAUUCAAAAUAGCAUAGAAGAGAAGAUUAACGAGAUGAAACCUUUAGAUGAAAGAAUGAAAAAAAUUUUGGAACUGGAGGAAUUGCUGGGCACACUCCAAAGAAAACUUACUGGAAAAGAUGAAGAAAAGAAAGGUCUGGUAAACCAGCAGAAGUUGUUGCUCAAAGACAUAUCGUAUGUAUUUGAAGGAACCGAUGAAGAACUUCAAUCAAAAAUAACGUCUUUUAAAGACGAGCAAUCGUCUGAGGAGAAUGCCAUCAAAAAGUUGGAAAUGAGCAUUCAAAGUCUCUAUGGGGACAUAGAUGUCGCAAACCACAAUAUAGAAAAGAAACAAGUUCAAAUAGGUCAGAUGAACGAGGAGCAAAACCAGUACAACAAAAGGAAAGAAGAGAGUAACAAGCUUAUAGACAACUUACGGACGGAACUAAAUCUAGUAGAAAAUUUCGAAGACCAAGAAUCGUUAUUAAGAGAGCUUAGUAAUGCUUUAAAAAUGUUCCAAAGUGGAUUCAAUGAACUAAAAAAGGAAAAAGACGCCGAAGAAAACGAGCUACAGUCGCAAAUAGAUACUCUAAGAGAGAAAAACGCGAAAACCGAACAAAUCAUCGCUUCGAAAAAUGGUUUCAUCAAAGAAAAUGAGGCCAAAUCGAAGGAAAUUCAAUGCAAACUAGAAGAAUUGGAUACAUCCGACUCACAGAUGAGGAAUAUAACUGGAAAGAUUGAGUCUCUUCAAUCAGAUAUCUCUAAAAUAAAAAAUUCUUUCGACGAGAACAAAAAGAUGCGAGAAAUUCAGGAUUUAAAAAAUCAAAUCGAGAGCAAGGAGCAGUACCUUGAAAAAUUAGAGCAAGAAAAUCGAAUUUUGCAAAGGAACUACGCGACUGAGCAAAGUAUAGAAACUCAACGUAAUAUGAUACAGCAAAAACAAGAUCAGAUCAAUAGGAUCAAAACCAAACAUUCUAGUCAUUUCGUGAAACUUUUCAGUGAUGCCUUGCCAGAGAUAAACUUAAAACAAUCUGUAUUGAACAUUCAAAAUACGCAAGAGGUCGAAUUAAAGAAAACCACUACUUCAAUCAAUAGUUUGGAGAAACAAAUAGCAACUUUAGAAACUACGUUGAAGCAUUCCAAAGAUCAACUCAAAAUACGUCAGCAAGAUUUAUCAACGAAGCAACAAAAAGUGGCAGAAUUGUGUAAAGGACGAGACUUCUAUACCGUCUUGGUUGAAACUUAUGAAAAGAAGGAGAAGCUUCAAAAAGACAAAGGACAUUACAGGGCCGAAGAAAUAAUGUACAAAGCCUUUAUCGAUAAAUUCGAAGAAAAGAACUGUUGCCCAGUUUGCAAGACGGACUUCAAAGACAAUCGAACCGCCAUUCCAGAAAUAAUUCGCGAACUCAAAAGAAAGAUCGAUCAGAUUCCAUCUGCAUUGGUGAAAGUCGAAAGCGAGUUGAAGAAAGAAGAAGCUUUUUAUAAUAAGCUCCAACAGUUGAAAACGAUCAAUGAUGCCAUACAAAAUUUGACCGAAGAGAUUCCAGAGUUCGAGAAGAAAAUUGGUACACUCGACGAGGAAUUUAUAGAACAGUCCAUGAGCUUAACAGAUCUUAAACAACAACAAGAACAACCACAACGUAUAAUUGAAAUCUGCAAAACUAUUAUAACGGACGCUACGUUAUUCGAUCAGUACAAUACCGACAUCCGCAGUGCCAAUGCUACUAUACAAGUCUUGGAAGAAAGUAUCGAGCGGGUGCCAUCGAAUCGAUCCAGGAUGGAAACCGAAAGCGAGAUCAACGCGGUAAAAGGCCAACUUAGUACUGCCAAAAACGGAUAUGAAACCAACAAGAAUAUGUUAGAAUCGCAUAAGGAGAGAAUCCAAGAACUGAACAAGAAAAUUCAAAACGAAGUCCAAAGACAACUUGACAUUCAAAAGCUAGUCCAGGAGAAACCUCUUCUAGAAACACAAUAUACAGAUAUUAAUAAAAAAUUGGUCGUAUUAAAAAUAGAAGUCGAAGAGUUGAAAGUAAAUAUAUCUUCUCAGAAGCAAGAGCUAAAAGAAGCUAUAGAGGCUAAAACAAAGGCAACCAUAACGAAUAAUCAAAUAAAAGAAGCAGCUAGGAACAAGCUCAAUUUACAUCAGAAUGGUUUAAGCGACAUACAUAAACUACUCAAGAGUAUUCGCGAAUACGAAAUAAAUCAGAAUAAAGAUAAAUUGAAGAAGGCUCUAGAAGAAUUAGCGGAGCUGAAAGUUUAUUUGGAAACCCACAAAAAGAUUAUGACUAUAAGUUUAGAAUCCGUCUCUAAAAAGAAAGAAUCGCUCGCAAAAAGACCUAGUGAGUUUAGAGCACUAACAGACAACGUGACACUGAGGGAAUUACAAAAUAAACAAACCAAAGUCGAGGCAGAAAUUGGAGAACUAAGACAAAAAAUUGAAGAGGCCAAUUAUCAACAAGUUUAUGAAGAGAGACAAAGAAAGGCCGAUGAAAUCAAUAAAAAGCAAAGGGAGAUAGAUAGCCUUCUCGGCCAGCAGGAAGAAGUACAGGCUCAAAUUGACGAGUUGACGGAUGAAUUAAACAAAGAUGACAACAGGAAUGCGCACAAUCUUUACAAAAUAGCUUAUUAUGAUCUAACGCUUAACAAGCUAGUCAAGGAAGAUUUAACUAAGUACGUCAAAAGGUUAGAGAAAUCGUUACUGAAAUUCCACGAAGAGAGAAUGGUUCAAAUUAAUACUUCCAUUAGAAAAUUGUGGAGAACCAUAUAUCGGUAAGUUCUAGCAAUAUAUA